AGCAAACAUUCUGUGCAGUUCCGAGAGGGCACUGUGGGAUGAGGAGCCCACUGUGAACUGGAGCGAGGUUCUGGCAACGCCACUGCAGUGAAGGCACCGGAGCAGGCGAUGCACAGCCAGCAUGGAUGAGAACAGGUGGUUCUGGUCUGUCAUUCAGAAUGAUUUUAAGACUGGGAAUAUUGAUUUAGAGGGCUGCAUGAGGCUGCUUGAAAAAAUGCAAAUACCUUUUGAUGAGGCACAUGUAACACAUAUUUUCAAGAAAACAGUUGACAAACACUCAGGACAUAUAAUUAGCAUGGAAGACUUCAAGGCAAUUUAUCGAGCUAUUGUGCACAGAUCUGAAUUUCAGGAACUAUUCCGGGCUUACUCGCCAGACGGCAAAAUUCUCCCUGACAGCCAGCUCAUUAAAUUCCUUGUGAAAGAACAGUUUUACACUGAAGCCACUGAAACAACUGCCUUUGAACUUAUUUCGAAGUAUGAACCCAUUGAUGAAGUGAGGAAAAAAAAGCAGAUGUCAUUUGAGGGAUUUGUAAGGUACAUGAACUCAGACGAAUGUUCGAUAUUUAAAAGCCUGCACAAGACCAUCUACCAAGACAUGAACCAGCCAUUGUGUGACUAUUUUAUUUCAUCUUCCCACAACACCUACUUGAUAGCUGACCAGCUAAUGGGACCCAGUCAUUUGUGGGGAUAUACCAGUGCUCUCUUAAAAGGGUGUCGUUGCCUGGAAAUCGACUGCUGGGAUGGCUCCAACAACGAACCCGUGGUGUACCAUGGGCACACCUUAACAAGCAAGAUUCCAUUUCGUUCUGUAAUCCAUGUGAUUGACAAGUAUGCCUUUAUGUCAUCUGCCUAUCCACUUGUGCUGUCUUUGGAGAACCACUGCAGCCCUAAACAACAGGAAGUAAUGGCAAACUGUUUAAAAAGUAUUCUAGGUGACAAACUUCUUUCUUCACCACUUGGUGGUGAGACAGAGAUGACUAGACUACCUUCUCCUGAGGCAUUAAAAUUCAAAGUUCUGAUAAAAAAUAAAAAAGUUGGAACCAUUGAAGAAGGUAUGCUCAGGACAGGUGAUGUGACUGGUGCUGAGGCUACUGACACCGGUGCUGAGACUGUUGCUGAGACUGUUGCUGAGACUGGUGCUGAUACUGAGGACAUAUCUGAGUCUGAGUUGCUGUCUGACGAAGAGACUGAUGACACAACCCCUAUUUACCGAUCCAAGAGUCCCUCCAAAAGAAAAGGAGAUCGUAGAACUUCAACCCCACCACCUUCAAAAAAGUCAAAGGUGAAGAAGCCAAAAAUUGCCCUUGCAUUGUCAGACCUUGUGGUUUAUACCAAAUCUUCAAAGUUUGUGAGCUUUGAGCAUUCCCUAGAGAAUCAGAAGUGCUAUGAAAAUAAUUCAAUUGGAGAGGCUAAAGCACGAAAAUUUGUAAAACAUUCAGCUAAAGAGUUUAUUUCACAUACUACAAGAUUUAUUACAAGAAUCUACCCGAGAGGAACAAGAAUGACCUCUUCAAAUUAUAAUCCUCAAGAAUUCUGGAAUGUGGGGUGUCAAAUGGUGGCCUUAAACUUCCAGACACCGGGAACACAGAUGGAAUUGCAAGAUGGAAAAUUCCUAGACAACGGUGGUUGUGGCUACGUGCUGAAACCCGAGUUCCUGAGAGAUCGCAACACAACGUUUACACCCAAAAAUGUGGGAGCAUACAGUAAACCAAUGUCUCUGUCAAUAAGGCUCAUCAGUGGUCAUCAGUUACCACCCAGCAGCAUGUCGAAGACUAACAAAGCUGACCCUUUAGUGCAGAUAGAAAUCUAUGGUGUGCCAGAAGAUCAAGCAAAAAAGAAAUCUAGUGUUGUAAAAAGCAAUGCUUUGUGCCCUAAAUGGAACGAAACCUUCUCUUUUAACAUCCAAGUUCCAGAACUAGCAAUGAUACGCUUCUGUGUGGAGGAUGAGGUCUCUCUGGUUAACAAUGAAUUCCUUGGUCAAUACACUUUACCUGUGCUGAGCCUGAAUACAGGUUACCGUAACAUUCCGCUGCUGACCAGAGAGGGCAUCAAGAUCGAAUCUGCGUCGCUGUUUGCCCACAUCUGGUACUAUUAAUGGUGUUUUCUGCAACAGGAAUUGUUCUGGGGCAUGGCACCCCGCUUCAAUAAAGUGGCAUUACUGGGUUUGCAACAACCCAGUGGUCUGA